UAUGAAAAAAUAACAUAAAAUGCCCUAGACACAAUGUUUUUUCGCCAAAAACUUCAAUAAAUAUAACCCAAUUUAGAAGGAAACAGCAAUGGUGCCAUUAGCUAACUUUUGAGAGGAUAUUUGCCGCAGGUCCACGAUAAUGAGUGUAUUUUGAGAGUGAUUUUUUUAGAGGAACUCUAGAUUCCUAGUAUAAGAACUAUUGAAAGUAAUGGAAUAGUGUUGAGUGUUAGUGUUGAUGGUGGCGAGUGUGAUGGUGGUGUGUCGGCCAUCCUUCUCUCUCAUAUAUACCACCCACCUGCUGCACCAUUCAUGGACUCUCAUGCACUAGAUCAGCCAACUUUUGGCAAGAUUCAGUUCACUGGUGAAGAGCAAACAGCAAUACAAAAUGUUUUGCAACAGAAGCUUGGUCCUGCCUUCAUUAGUCAGAGAGCUGGGCCAGGUGGUCAACGAAUAGCAUAUAUAGAAGGAUGGCGCCUUGUCAGUCUAGCUAAUGAAAUCUUUGGCUUUAAUGGCUGGAGUCAUUCCAUUACCAAUCAAACAAUUGAUUUUGUUGACCAUUACAAUGGUAGGUAUUAUGUUGGUGUUAGUGCUAAAGUUCGGGUGCAGCUAAAAGAUGGAGUUUUUCAUGAAGAUAUUGGCUAUGGUGUCUCUGAAGGAAUGAAAAGCAAAGCACUCUCAUUGGAGAAAGCUCGUAAGGAAGCAGUGACUGAUGGUUUAAAACGGGCAUUGAAAAGCUUUGGAAAUGCCCUUGGCAACUGCCUCAGUAACAAGGAUUAUCUUCGCUUCAUUGGUAAAGUGCCUUCUGCCCCUGUACUAGACAUCAAGGCCAGUGAUUUGUUACAUCAAGAUAUUAGCACAGGUCUUGCACAACUUCGCAGAAGAGUUCUUGAUGAAGGUAGAGCUCAGAAACAGAAAUGUCAAGAUACUUGUUCAGAAGCAUCAAGGGAACAAAUUUCUGGUUUGGAAGAGCCAGACCCUAGAAGAAUCACUAGUGGCAUCUCCCACACAAGAAUGGCAUGCAAUAAAUCUAAUAGUAAUAGUGCAGCAACAUCUAUUAAGAAUUCUAAGAAAACAUUAGAAAACAAAGAUACUAAGAAUGUAACUCAUUUUUUAAAAAUAGAAAGAACUGAGAAUUCAAUAAAUGCAGAAGUAUCUACUAGUAAUACAGUACACAACCAGAGUUUACCUUUGGAGCACAACAGUGAGUCCCCUUCAGUAUUAAACAAAAGCUUUCCAUUUACCAAAAAAAACAUACCCUCAAUAGACAAUUCAAAUUUUUGUGUAGACCAGACAUUAUGUUUAUCUACUAAGCAUACUGAAAGCUCAGUCACAGUGUUCAAAAAUAAGACAAGUGCUGUAAAUAAAUCAUUAUCUGCCUCAGUUACAGAUAUGAAUAACUCUUUUACAGAGAAUAUUUCAUCCCUUGGUGAACCAAACUUUGAUGAGUUAAAACCACAUGUGAAAGAAACUUCGAUGCCUGUAGCAGCUAAUGCACCUGGGGAGGCACCGGUGAAACCCAAGGACCUCCAGAUGUCACACUGUAUGAAUAAACCUCACAAAAAAGUGGAAUUUGCAGAAACAACAGAAGAAAGGGUAAACUCACCAAACUCAUUUAUUGGCUUCACUAAAGAAAUGAUUGUGCAGUCACCAAUAUCUAAAUUCCCCAAAAGCAAAUAUGAUGAAAAUAAAAAUGAAAGAAAAAGAAGACAGAGAGAAAAACAACAAGCAUUCAAGAUGAAAAUGAAAGAGAGAAAUUUUCCUGAAAAUUCUGCUUGCUUAAUGACAAUGAAUAAACCAGAAACAUCAGAAGUAAGCUUAUGGGAUGAUGGAGGUGAUAUGGUCGGAGAAGAUGAUCCAACAUUUUGGGCUCAGAUAAUGACACAACAACUCAUAGAAGCUAGAGAAGAAGAGGAACAAACAGAGUCAUUUGCCUAUUCCUUAGGUCUAGCUCCUUCACGGACUAAAGAAAAAUAUGAAAGUCAACAUUCCAACAUUGGACAUGUGGGAAAAGCCUCUACAUCUGCUGCUUAUAGCUUGACUGCCAAUCUUAAUGAUAGAUAUAUGGGUCAAACUAAAGAUGUUACUUCCAUGAAUCAUCCCAAUGGGCAGAACCAUUUGGCUUCUAAAAAUAUUUUUACACCCACUUCAUUCAGAAAUAACUUCAGUUUUAAUCAUGGGAAAGUUCCUUUAAUUGAUGUAGAGAAAAAUAGUACUAAAAAUGAUGCAAGAGGAGGAAAGACUGUAAUGAGUGAAAGUAUUCACCUUAAGAUAGAAAAGGACCGUAAUAGUGAGAGGGCAGGCCAGCAAACUUACACUUCUGUAUACAGUGAUGGAGAUGAUUCUUGUGUGUGGCGCUCACCUCGAACCAAUAAAGGGAAUACACACAAGUAUGAAGACUUUAAGGUGCCUAUGACUCGAAAUAAUGGACAUAAUGAUGGAAGGAUUAGUCCAGUUUUUCCAAGUAAAAAAAGAAAAACAGAGGGGAGUGUGUGAACUCAUGAAAACUUGAAGAUUUAAAUGCAACAUUUAUGUUAUUGUUUUAAAUAUGAAAAAAAAUUACCAUAGGUAAUGUCUGUUGAUGAAUGAUCAAAUACUGUAUGUUAAAACCAAACUAUUUUGAUUGUUGUCAUGUUUAAACAGUUAUGUUGCAAGGGUGAUGUAGAAGGGUAUUUAUUUUUAAUUUAAGAGAUCUGAAUUGCCCAUUGGUUUCAAAUUUGUCACAUUGAUUAAUGGGAGUAUUUUACACUAAUUUGUAUACAGUACUUUUUAAUUUACAUUUUCAGCACUAAUGUAUACAUGCCUUUUAUAUAUAUUCCUGAAUCAGGAGCCAUGAUAUAUUUUGUCUCUGCAGUCUUAGUUGACAUAUGUAACUACUUUUAUUGUUGGACAUUAACAUCACAAAAUUGUGUAGCCUACAAUUAUAACUUGGGUAUCAAUCAACAUUUUAUUUGGCAAGGUAAGGCUUGAGAUGAUUGUAAAUAUCCAGCUUCUAGUUGGUUUAACCCUUUCAGGAUUGGUGCCAUACUAGUACGGAUUGCAUGCCAGGGUUGGUUCCGUACUAGUACGCAUAAAUUCUAGCGCCUUCAAAUCUAGCGAGGGAAAGCUGGUAGGCCUACAUAUGAAAGAAUGGGUCUAUGUGGUCAGUGUGCACAGUAUAAAAAUCCUUCAGCACACAGCGCAUAAUGAGAAAAAAACUCCAACCGUAUUUCUUGCUAUUAAACAGACUUUGCAGUGUAUUUUCGUAUGCUAUUUAUGGUUGUAUUCUAGUUUUCCUGGUCUCAUUUUAUAGAAUGGAAGACAUAUUACAGAAAUUGAGAUGAUUUUGAUUGGUUUCACAAUGAAAAGUACCUUGAAAUUGAGCUCAAAGUAGCAGAAAUGUUCAAUUUUUGCCGAAGUUCAAAAGUAAACAAAUCAUGCCACGUGUCCAAUACACAUCAACUGGUGAGUCAAAUAUUCUUUCACAAGUGCGCUGAUAUUAUUUAUACCAUUUCUCCACUAAUGCAGUAGUCUACAUACCAGUAAAUCUAUUUUUUUUGUGAGAAUAAAAAUUCAAAGUGGAAAGCAAAAGAAUGUAAAAGAGGCCUGGGGAUGUAACUAAUGAACAGAAAAAAUGUUAUUUUAGUGCCAGGAAUGUCUGUCUUGUUUAUUCUGGACCCUAUUUGGAAAUUGGCAUCUUUUGAAAUUUGUGUGAAAUUGGCAAAAUUGUCAAUUUCUGACCACUUUAUUGGAUAGUUGAAAUCAGUAAAUGGGUGGUUUAUUGUAUUCAUUCGAUAGAAAAAAUGGAGUUCUAGUGAAAUAGUUAUGAAUUUUGUCGACUGGUACAUUGGAAUUGGCUGAAAAUAGGGCUCAAAGUGGGCGAAAUCGCCGAUGCAUCAAUAUCGUCAAGACCGCUAACUUUGCAAGAGCAUAAUUCCGUAAGUUUCCCAUCAAAUUUCAUACUUUUGGUGUCAUUAUGAUCAGGAAAAGAUUCUCUGUCAUUUCACAAGAAAGUUUUUUUUUUUUUUUCGAAAAAUUUCCGACCCAGAGAACAAGUUUACGACAGGGCCUGCUGACCCUGAAAAGGUUAAAUGUUCUUGCAACUGGUAAUGUCAUACAGCCCCUUGAUAAUCUGGGUUGAAUUUAAAACAAAAUAUGUACCUGAGAACAUCUCGCCUCUCUCUAGUCAUAAGUACCGCAUGUUAAUUUUUUUUUUAACUAAGGAAAUUUUAGCAAGACCCAAGAUAUUAUUUGAAAUCCAAGUUAUUGAAAUAAGAAUGUGUAAUACCUAUUUAGAAUAAAAUAUUUCACUCCAACUGUUGAAUUUGUUUGGCAUUUUUUUGU